CCUGUUUGCGCCGCUAUAAAACCUCCAGGAAACCCGCCACGUUCCUCGCCGGCCUGUGUAGUACAGCUACAGCUAGCACCGCGUCGUACCCGCAUACCACCGAACCAAGAACCAGACCUCUCGACCCCACCGCGAGCAUGCGCUUCGCGUGCACGGCGGCACCACUCUGCUACCACCUCCGCUCUUCUUCUUCCUCCUCUCGGACCACGCCGUCUCUUCGUCUUCUUCAUCUCGGAUUCUACGAGCUAGCUAGCGUGAUUCACUGAUCUCUAGCUGGAGAUGGGUAUAGGCAAGGAGCCCGGAGCUGUCGCGGCGUGCGGGGCGGUGGCGUUCUCCUGGGAGCAGGAGCCGGGGGUGUCCAAGGAGAGCCCGGCGGCCGAGACGACGAAGCUGCCCUCCGGCGGAAGGAGUACUACGCCGGAGAGCACCAAGAAGGCGGAGGCACGGACGCACCAGCUGCGCGUGCCGCCUCCGCCGGGAGGUCCCGGAGCGCCGUCCCUGUCGCCGCCGGUGAAGGCGGCGAGGAGCAGGUCCAGCCGACGGGGCGUCCGGCCGGAGGAGGACCCGUUCCUCGCGGCCUACGUCGCCUGCACGGCCAGCGGCAGGAAGACCGGCAGGGGGCACACCGAGGCCCAGAAGAUGCUCGGGUGGGCCGGGCUUAGGUUCGCUCUUGGGCUCGGCCUCUCUUGCAAGACCUCUUGUGGUGUUGCAGAGGAGAGCGUCGUCAGGCUGACCAAAAACCCCUGAAAUGGAUGAUCAUCAGAUUGACCAUUUCCGGUGUUUUUUGUAUUAUACGAUUUUCUUUGCCAUUUUGUACUACUGCUGAUGUCCCGUGGUGCAGAUCAUAUUCGUUACUGGCUGAGAAGUAGUGCCAAACAAAUCAGAAUCCUGGACUCUGGAGUUUUAAAUUCA